AUGACCAAAUGGGAUUUACCCCAGUGCAGGGAGCUCCCAGACCCAGACGCUCUGUCAGUGGGGGGAGGUCCAGUGGCUGCUCCUGGGGACCCCCCGCCAUCUGUCUGCCUUCACAGGAAUGCUUCUCAAACUCUUCUUGGUACAGCACUCACAGCCAGGACAUGGGGCGGGGGACACAAAGACUUGGAAUCCAGAUCACCAGGCUCCACACCUGGAGGUCCUGGUCCCACUGGCUUGGGCCAGUACCCACCAGUGUGCGGCUCUGAGUGGUCUCAGCCGCCUCACCACAGUGGUGUGGGUCUCAGGCCUGGGGAAGAAGGCUUCACUGCCAUCCCUGGUCUCUGCUCAGUGGCCAGCUCCCCUGCUCGACCCCCAGUCCUGAAGACUCCCAGCCAUCUGCUGCCUCAGUGGCACCUACCAGCUUCCCCGUUUGGUGGCAUUAUCCGGAACCAGAACGCCAGGCAGGAGGAGCCCAAAGGGCAGUGCUCUUGGCUGGGGCAGGCAUUGAGGCUGCAAGAACAAGGGCCGGGGCCCCUCCCCCCACUGUGGGCCUUGCAGGGCUGGACAGGCCAAGGAGAGGAGUCCUCAAUCCAGGCGGGAGGCGGGCUGAGUGGCGCUUCCUGGAAGCCCUUGGCUGAGUCCCAGCUCUCACAAUGCCAGGGCCGAGGACAGGCGGAGCCGGGACACCUGCCAGCCAGCUGCAGCAGGAGGCGGAGCAGCUGCAGCGCGGGCACCUUGCCUACAGCCCAGCCCCCAGCUGCCUUCUCAGGUCUCGGCCCAGCAAGGCACAAUCAAUUACCUGAGAGGUGUCCGCGGCCGCGGCUAAACGGUGACCCAGCGAGGUGCAAUCGGCGAAGUGUCACUUUUAUUCAUGGCUUCAAACCCGGGGGUGGGCUUGUCUGCGUUUUAAUUAUCGGAAAGCGCUCACCACCCUUGCUUUAAUGAAUUACAUAAAGUGCAAGCAGCACAAUUAUGUAUUUUAUAAAUAAAGCCGGGGCCGGGGUCGAGGGAGCCGCGGGCACCAGCACAGCCCUGCUUGCUUUCCCCCACCCCUCCGGCCCCCUCGCUGGCAUCCCCUGUUUUCUCGAGACCCUCACAGCCCUGGCUUGCUUUCCCCCAGCCUGAGGGCCGUGGAGGU